AUGAAGCAAACACCUUUGUGGAAUGUUCUGGAAUAUGCUUGCCGACUGCUGGGGCUCUCCACCGGAGCAGUGCUGACCGGCGUGGGCACGAGCACGCUGCGCCGAGGGCAGUUCCAAGGCCUGGCCAUCUACUUGCUGGUUUCAGGGAUGGCUGUUUUUCUGUGUGAAGCAGCGUACUUUGCCAGCCUGGCCUUGGAUUCCUGCUUCGUCCCUGGCAGCGGAUCCGUGAUGCACACUUGCCGGAGGCAGGCAAGACAUCGCGGGGCCUUCCAGAAGUUCUUGGCGUACAUUCUGCUUUCGGUGGCCUGCUUCAUACACCCGGUGCUUGUGUGGCACGUCACUAUUCCAGGUACAAUGCUUGUGCUCACUGGCUUGGCCUAUUUCCUGCUCAGUAAGCAGCAGAAGGAACCUGCUGCAAGCGGACAAGAAGACCGGCACAGGGGCCCCCGUGGGAGAGCUGAAACUGUCCUGGGUGCAGAUGGUCCUGGGCAGAAAUCCGGUUUCCUUGCGGGAGAGUGCAGAAGGCAACGAGGGUAUCUGAGCAGCAUCUGGAAGGGCUACAAGGACGAGGAAGCUGCCCCGAGGAAGCACAAGCACUCUGAGAAGAAGGAGGUGAACAUAAUCCUCUCUGUCCAGGAGAAUUCAGACGAGUCAGAGAGCCUACCGGAGGAAACGGUGUCCGAAUCAGCCCUCAUCCUUGCCCCCGUCCGUGGAGCCCGGCAGCAGAGGCAGCAGCAGGAAUGA